GCCUGUGGAGCAAUAUUUUCUUCCCAGUUUCCUAGCAUUUUGCUUCAAAGUGCGCAGCUCUGCAUUAAACCAAGGAGCCUUUUGCACUCUGCAGCACUGCUCAGCGACACAGAGGAGAGAGAGAGUAAAACAGAUUCUUUACAAUUUAUAACUGUACUAUCUAAUAAUGGUCUGCUAUCAUCCAUCAUCCAUCCAUCCAUCAUCCAUCUAUCCGUCCAUCCAUCCACAAUAACAUCAUAGCACUGGAUGCCUGUUUCUGGUGGGGGUCGGGAUGUGUUGGGGUGGUGAGUCCAAAAUAUCCUCAGCUUGUUCCCAAAUCCAGGAUCCAGGAAGUCGCUUCCGUUUCCUGUCUGCAGUCAAAAAUCUGAAUGUUUCCAAACAAUUAAAACUUCAAGAAGAAACAAUUUUAUUAAUAAACCAUAGAAGUUUCCUUAAAGUGGUUGGUUAAUAAGUUAUGGUUUUGAACAUUAGUGGUACUGUUUUGUUGUAUAAAGAUUCAUGCAGCACUCUGUUGCCAUAGCAACAGAGGCUGUAUUUUUUUUUAAAUAAAGGUUGUUUGCUUUGAAUCCCCUCAGUGUUUCCUGUGAUUUCAGGUCAGAAUGUUCGGUUCUGAUCACAGAGCCGUACAGAAACACGCGCUUCCUGCAGCAAAGAAUAUUCUCUUAUCUGGUUUCCUUCCUGGUCCAUAGGGACCCAGUUUUCCGGAGCUGGACAUGCUCUGACAGGCUCAGAACUUUUCUGAACCAGACGGGAACAAAAGCAGCUCCCAGAAUGGCUGCUUUGUUGUCAGCCUUGUUAUUCGUGGCCAUGGAAGCAGGUCUGGGGCUGAAACAGGCUUGUCUGCCGGUGUGUUCUGGAGAUGACUGCAUCACUGUGAACCGGGCCAGGCUGGAUUUUGACUCUGCAGAAGAAGUUUGCCGUCGGAAGAACGGGGAGCUGCUGACCCUUCAGUCUGACACCUAUCAGCGGAUCUUUAAGACACUGGCUGAAGCUUUGCCUGGAAACUUCUGGAUAGGACUGCGUUUAUCAGGGGGAUCCUGCAGCAACCUCUCAGAACCACUCCGGGGAUACAAAUGGACCUCUGGUAGUGAAAAAAAAGCCCUUAACUGGUCUGCUGUGAUCUGGGCAGAUGAGCGUAAAGUCUGCCCUCCAUACUGCGUCUCUGUGUCUCAGCAUGGGACAUGGACCGAGAGGGCGUGUUCUGAGAAAGCAGACGGGUUUCUGUGCAGAACCAGAGAGAAGAACUUCUGCUGGGAGAAGGAGGUGUUCUUUAAAGAUUCCCAGGGAUGUAUCAGUGGUCCCUGUCAGCAGAAGUGUAAUGAUACAGAGGGAGGAUUUAAAUGUUCCUGUUACACAGGAUACAUCCCGGACAGCAGCGACCCACGGCGCUGCAGGGUCCACUGUCCAGAGCAGAGAUGUCCGUCUGUCUGUCCUGAGGGCUGCCUCUGUCCUGAUGGCUUUGUGGAAAAUGAAGGGAUGUGUGAGGACAUAAACGAGUGUGAGAAUCACGGCUGCCACCACGGCUGUGUGAACACCUUUGGGAGCUUCUGGUGCUACUGCAGGCCUGGUUUCCAUCUCAAAGAAAAUGGGAAUUGUGUCGUAGCAAAAAGUCAUCAUCCUGCUGAGUUAAUGACACCAACCCAUAAAAACACCACCCUGAAGGGCUCCUCAGCCCCUGCAGGGCCCUUCCUCUGGAUCUGGGUGGUGGCUGCAGUGACUCUGGUGGCAACUGUGGUUCUGGUCAGACUUUAUGUUGUUCGACGUCAGAAACGUAGAGAACGAAGUUCCAGCCAACAGCUUGCGGCUGCGGCAGACCAUCAGGUCUGUUAACCUAGGGAUGGGUGUGUGUUUCUCUGUGACCUUUCCUGCCUGAAACCUCCAGGACUGCAAGGAGAUCUCCAGGACCUUGAGGACACCUUCAGGAGCUCCAGGACCUCCAGGAGCUUCAGCCAGUCGGUAGACCCAGGAGAUCCUGCCAGGAUCUACAGACUGACUCGUUAGCAGGUCACCUCUGCUAAGGAAAGAAGAUGCUUCUGCUGGAUGGUGGCAUUUAAGCUGUUCCUAACACAUCCAAUGUCUUGAAUAGGUAAGGAGUGCCCCCUGGUGGACACUCUACAGCAGGGCAGAAGUGGGACUCAAUUUCAGGCCUGGAGCUUCACACCCCCUAAAGAUACCUUUUAUCAAUAAAAACCGUAUAACUGUAAACUUAAAGCUUAAGUCUACUAUAUCCUAUUUUUCUGUAAAGGCUUUUGAUUCUGUGCAUUUUUCUAAAAUACUCCUAAUAAAGAACAAUGCAGAUUUAUUCAAACAUGA